CAUUUCUACAAAACAUUACUAUCCUGAAAAGAAUUUUGCGACAUUUUCAUCAGUGAAAAAAGUUAGAUUCCGUUCUUGCCGUUUAUAUAAAAUUUUCUUUUCUUUUUUCCCUUUUUCUUUAAUAAAAAGAGAAAAACGAUCAGUGAUCAACAAAGCUCCUAACUUUCCCUUGCGACUUCGAUAUCACUGAUUUUAACCUUCAUCUCUUGCCACUUUUCAGUAGUCACUGUUGUUUCUAGAGAAGAAACUACUUGUCUUAAUAAACGACAUAAAAAGAAUCUAUUUUUAUGAUACUGCAACUUUGGUUACUUCUGUGUCAUUGUUUAAGACAGUGGAUGAUUCUGUAGUGUGGUAAAACUUGUCAUGCUGCAUGUUGCAGCCUACUGGUGGAGUAGGAAUGAAUUCUACGAUGGAUGAUAUGAACUUGAUUCAGCAGGCACCGAGGCAUCACUUGGUGGUAAGGGAACUAGGGGAGGAGAUUGAUCUGGAAAUUGGUCAUGGGGAUGAUGACCCUUCAUUUGCUAACACUCCUCUCAUCAGUGGCACACGCGAGCCUUCUGCUGAUGAGCAUGACGAGGCCAAGAAUAUGGUAAUGAGUUCCCAAAUUUCAACUGAAGAUCAAGAUUUGUCAAAGUCACAACCAGUAAAGAGGAAGAAGAAGGUGGUAAAACGAUGGAGAGAGGAAUGGGCCGAUACUUACAAGUGGGCAUAUGUGGAUGUGAAGGACGGAACUGCAAGAAUUUUCUGUUCAGUUUGUAGAGAAUAUGGUAGGAAGCAUAGGAGGAAUCCCUAUGGAAAUGAAGGCAGUAGGAAUAUGCAGAUGAGUGCAUUGGAAGAACAUAAUAAUAGUUUGCUUCACAAAGAGGCUCUUCGUCUUCAGAUAGCCUCUAAGGACAAGAUCAUUGUCGAUAAGCCCAUUUAUGUAAAAGCUCUCAUGUCAAAAACGGCUGGAUCAAUUGUUGAAGCUGCACUUAAAAGGGAUCCACAUGAGGUUGAGUUUAUACAAUCAGUGCAAGAAGCUGUUCACGGGUUAGAAAGAGUAAUUGCAAAAAAUACUCAUUAUGUCAACAUCAUGGAGCGCUUGUUAGAACCUGAGCGCAUGCUUCUUUUUCGAGUUCCUUGGGUUGAUGACAGGGGCGAGACACAUGUAAAUCGGGGAUUUCGAGUACAUUUUAACCAGGCACUGGGCCCAUGUAGGGGUGGUAUUCGUUUCCAUCCGGCCAUGAACUUAAGUAUUGCUAAGUUUCUUGGUUUCGAACAGACAUUAAAGAAUGCCUUAUCACCAUACAAAUUGGGAGGGGCUGCAGGUGGAAGUGAUUUUGAUCCAAAAGGAAAAAGUGAUAAUGAGAUCAUGCGCUUUUGUCAAAGUUUCAUGAAUGAGAUCUAUAGAUAUCUUGGUCCUGACAAGGACCUCCCUUCUGAGGAAAUGGGUGUUGGUACUCGAGAAAUGGGGUAUCUCUUUGGGCAGUAUAGACGUCUUGCUGGUCAUUUUCAGGGAAGUUCUACAGGGCCAAGGAUAUACUGGUCUGGCUCUAGCCUUCGAACUGAAGCUACUGGCUAUGGACUGGUUUUCUUUGCUCAGCUUAUGCUCGCAGACAUGAAUAAAGAACUCAAAGGACUAAGAUGUGUUGUAAGUGGUUCUGGAAAGAUUGCGAUGCAUGUUCUGGAGAAGCUCAUUGCUUAUGGUGCUCUUCCAAUCACUGUAUCAGAUUCCAAGGGAUACUUAGUGGAUGAUGAAGGAUUUGAUUACAUGAAAAUUUCAUUUCUACGAGAAAUUAAAUCCCAGCAGAGAAGUUUGAGAGAUUACUCAAAAACUUAUGCACGGUCGAAGUACUAUGACGAGGCAAAACCCUGGAACGAGAGAUGCGAUGUGGCAUUUCCUUGUGCUUCCCAAAAUGAAAUCGACCAAUCUGAUGCCAUUAACCUGGUGAAUUCAGGGUGUCGUAUACUAGUAGAAGGCUCAAACAUGCCCUGUACACCUGAAGCUGUUGAUGUCUUAAGAAAAGCAAAUGUUCUUAUUGCUCCAGCAAUGGCGGCUGGUGCUGGAGGAGUUGUUGCUGGAGAGCUUGAAUUGAACCAUGAAUGCAAUAUGGUGCAUUGGUCACCUGAGGACUUUGAAUCUAAGUUGCAGGAAGCAAUGAAACAGGUUUAUCAAAGAGCCCUGAAGGCAGCAAGUGAUUUUGGUUACCAAAAAGAAAGUCCUGAAGCCUUGGUACAUGGAGCUUCCAUAUCUGCAUUUCUGGCUAUUGCUCAAGCUAUGACAGAUCAAGGAUGUGUAUAGAAGUCGAGGAUGAUAUAUCAGUAUAGAUCCCAAAGAACAGUCCUUGACAGGAUCCAAUGAUCAGUAUCCACACCAUCAUUUGGAUUAUUAAUCAGGCUCUUCUUAGCUGAAGCAAGAAAGCAUCUCAGAUUCUAAAGAUUUUUUGUAACAUAUGUGUAAAAUUUAACCAGCCUUGAAAUUGGCGAUUGGUCCUUAAUUUACUGCAGCACAUUUAUGUAAAAAAGGAAAAUGGAUAGCUGUAGUGGUAGCAUAGGAAGUCUCCAGAAGGGAGUGCUUAUUCUUGGAACUUGAAAGAAAGCUGUCUGAAUGCCUGCUGCAGUCUUGUGAAAUAUUGGGAUGUUACAGUUAGAAAUAAAACAUGAUUGUUUAUUGUGAUUGGCAUCAGAUGAAGGAAGAUGCCUUGUUCAUUUACUUAA